AUGGAAAGCUGUCAUUAUAGUUUUUUAUUAAAAAGUAAAUUAGUUGAAUGCAACACUUGGGAAAUUAAUAAAUUCAACCACAAAUUAACGGACACCUUGAAUGGAAUAAACUAUAGUUCAACAAAUGUUUUUAACAAUCAUUUGACAACUGAACAAAUCGGUUCAAGUUUGCCUGCUAUUCCGAAUGAAUCUGUUAAAUGCGCUAAAAUCGUUUACAAAAGUACGUAUAGCUAAUUUUAUUAAAAAAACAAAAAUAUGUAUUUUAAAAUAUUUGUUUUGAUAAUUUGUAUUGGUAUUUUUGCCUUAUUAAACACGAAUAAUAAAUGAAUAACAUUACAAUAAUAAUAUAAAAGAAUUUCAACUUAUUCACUAAAUAAUAUUGGAAUAAGUGCCUAAUUAAUUUAUGAUGUAUCUUAUGUGUGCAGAUGGAACAGGCGUUGUAUUCGUGGCUCGGGGUUGUGUUUAUUAUAAGGCAAAAUUUUGCAAGCCAUCGGAAAUCAUCAAAUCUUGUAAAACGUGUGUCUUUGAUGGAUGCAAUGAUUCUACGUCUUUAUUGAAAUCUUCAGGAGUGCCGACAACAAUUAUUACCGCCGUAACGAUUACGUGUUUAUUCUACGGGUUACACCGACCAGUAUAAAUAUUCAUUAACUGCAUGCGUAUUAUUCCAGAAAAGUCUAACCAAUGAUGUUGUAGCAUUUUCCAACUGA